AUGUUUAGACAAAUUACGGUAUGUGAAUUGAAAGACACUAUCAAGCGACACUAUCGAGCGAAGCGAGAUAGUGGAGCAGUACUGAUUAGCGACUCUCGAAGCGAGAUAGUGGAACAGUACCGAUUAGCGACUCUUGGAGCUGCUUUGACUAGUGAUACUGUGACAUUAUCGAGCGACACUAUCGAGCGAAGCGAGAUAGUGGAACAGUACCGAUUAGCGACUCUUGGAGCUGCUUUGACUAGUGAUACUGUGACAUUAUCGAGCGACACUAUCGAGCGAAGCGAGAUAGUGGAACAGUACCGAUUAGCGACUCUAGCAAAGCGAGAUAGUGGAGCAGCAUUGACUAGUGACUCUCGCCUUUCGUCAAAGAGGUUAUUUUCAGUUACACCAAGAAGAUCAAAUUUGAUUGGUGACUUGUAUGUCAAUAACAUCAGACAGUUUAAACCAAAACCAUUAAGCCAAGAGGAAGUUGAUGCUGCUGUAAAGAAGUUCCAAUUGCCUGGUGUACCUACAAUUCCUCAAAUUCACGAUUUAUCGGUUGAUCAAGUUAAGGAAUACGAAAGUAGUGAAGUUGAAACUCAACAACCAGAGUCCAGUGCAAGUGCUGAGGAUUUGGGCGAUGAUGGAGAUUGGUUCGUUUUUGAUACUGCUGAAGAUGCAUCUCAUUAA